CGUUUCUGCCUGCAGUAUGGAGCUUCUUUGGUUUACACAUCGGUGAAGGAGAUGAAGAAUCUGGAUGUACUUUAUAAAUAUCUGGUCCACAGACUUUAUGGUUUCCCUUUCCACUUCCCUGCACAAGUUGUGGAAAGAGACGCUGUCUUCAUUCCAUCAGGUUGGGACAAUGAGAAGAAAAUCGGCAUCCUUCACGAGAACUUCCAGACAAUUAAAGCAGAAGACGGCUUUGAGGAUGUAAUAGUUAAACCGCCAGUCAGAAAGAUUGUACAUGAAAAAGAGAUUCAGGCUGAAGAUGAUCAAAUAUUUCUGGUCAAACUGCAGUCGUUGCUCGCCAAACAGCCCGCUGUGACAACGGGCCGGCCAGUGGACACCACCACCAGAGACCCAAGCAAUUCUCCCAGAACGAGUAAUUGCUCCGCCGCGGCCAAUGUAGCCAAUUCAGUGCCACAGUCUGGUCAGACCAGUGAGGGGGUGUUGGCCAAUUUCUUUAACAGUCUGCUGACGAAGAAGGCAGGGACGGGAGGACCUGGAAUGCCAGGUGGAGGUAACAACACUCCAGGAACCGUACGCAAGUCAGGGUCGAAACUGGGCCUGAGCGAUGUGCAGGCAGAACUGGACCGCAUAUCCAGCCGGGAGACUGACUCAGACUUGUCCAACUCAGACGCGCGGAUGUUCCUCCAGCAGAAAAAAGGAUGA